UCUCAUUUUCCUCUUCAACGUUCAAUCACGAAAGCAGAUAUUAAAAUGGCGCGACCAAGCAUUCUUAGGCCGUUGGCGGUGGCGAUGCUCAUUAUGUUGGCGGCGGCGGCGACGCCUGCCAUCGGAGGCAAAUACAGCGCCGACGACGAAGACGACGAGCUGUUGGAAGCGGCAAUUGAAUCGGAACUAAAGACGGCGGUGGAUGAUGCUCGGCACAAGGAGGCGAAGGAUGAGAGUUCGGAGUCGUGGACAGAAUGGGCUAAGGAUAAGCUCUCCGGGGGCCUUGGUCUCAAGUCUACCCACCACGACGGCGACACCUACGACGCCGCCAAGAACACCAAGGACAAGAUCACCGACUCUGCUUCCGGAGCAGGGCAGUAUGUAGCGGGUAAAGCGGAGGAGAUUAAGAGAGCAGCCUCCGACAAGGCCGGAGAGGCCAAGGACAGUGCGUAUCAGGCGGCGGGGGACGCCAAGAAAAAGGCUGCCGAGGCGGCGGAGAAAGCUUACAACAAGAUGGGGGAGGCCAAGGACAAGGCGGCGGAGACGGCCAAGCAAGCUUACGACAAAACCGGCGAGACCAAACAGAAGGCGGCGGAGAAAACCGGGGACACAAAGAACAGGGCAUACCAAACCGCCCAGGACGCAAAAAAUAAGGCGGCGGAGACGGCCAAGCAAGCUUACGAAAAAACCGGCGAGACCAAGGACAACGUGAAACAGAAAGCGGCGGAAACAGCGGAGAAAGCAUACGAGAAAACGGUGGAGGCCAAGGAUAAAGCAUACGAGAAGGCGGAGGAAUCUUCGGAUAGGAGACGGGAGGCCGAAGAAAAAACCCGACAAGCCGCGAAGGACGUGGGAGAGAAGGCGGCGGAGAAAGCAAAGGAAGCAAAAGACGCGGCGGCCGGAACAGCGAAGAAAGCUGGAGAGCAAGGGAGCGAGAAGAUGGGAUGGGCGAAGGAGAAAGCGAAAGAAGGGUACGAGGCGGCGAAGAACAAAGCAGGGGAAGCCUUGGAAUCUGCUAAGGACACAAUCGCAUCAAACCUGGGAAGCGCCAAGGAGAAGUCGCGGGAGAUGAAGGACAGCGUUGUUUGCAGUGACAAAGCAUGCAAGACCAAAUCCAAAAACCGCGACGAGGAGCUCUAGCUUUAAUGUAAUGCCACUUUUUCUUGGCUUUUUGGAUGUUGUUAUAAAGAUGAAGUAUCAUGUAUAAGACUAUAAUGUAUUUGCUCAUCAUGAAAAUGGGGUUUUGUUUGUAGGCAUAAAUAUUUUGGGACUCCAAUAUCGCUAUAGGCCCAAGCUAAUAAUAUGAACGAGUUUGCAAU